UCGGAGGGCUUGAUUUGGCAAUCUGCCUUACCAACCAGCCUACUGGUCAUCGAUGGAUGCUCCAUUGCCAAAAGUUGUAUCAUACAUGAAUUUGGCAUCAUGGCCGUCAGAUGAUUAAUGAAACUUGGAAGAACCAUUUAAUCUGUAAAGAUGGCUGGAUCAGAUGUUGCUAAAGGCUUUAGCAGUGCUAAAUUUCUUCACAAGUUCCCAGACCUAUUCGCAUUGGCUUUGCUGAUGCCAUGCUAAAUUGGCCGCAUUUUGCCCUUCAGCUGAUCUGUCCUGUGCAUUACCGGGGUGCUAUGGGUCCAACCCGCUCUGUUUGAUUGGGAUUUGUUUCAUGGUUUACCUGUGUGAGUUCACCACACUCACCAAACUCAGUGAACCUAAUUAAGUGGUGUUAUCUUCUUGUUGAAGUUGUAUGGUUCUCUUCGCGUCUUAAACUUCAUUGACAGACUAGUGUUGGGUGGAUUGGAAAAGCAAGGUGCGCAUCAGGGAGCAACACCAUGUGGAAGACUCUCUCUGGCUCCAGUCCAUUGCUCUCCUCCUUGGAGCCGAAAACGCACUCUGGUGGUAACCACGCGGAUGCACAUAGAUGCCACCCUCGCGCGAAUGAGACAAACAACCGGAUCAAUCCUGUCCCGAGACUGAUAAAAAAAAAAAAAACCUAAAAAACACGACCUACAUAAGAAGAGGGAAGGAGAGAGAGAGAGAGAGAGGAAGCGCGGUUGUGGCGGCGGCGGCAGUGGUGCGGUUGCGAUGUCCUCCUGCGUGUGCAUGUGGGGGCAGAGGCCGCUUCUGCUGCCGUCCUCCUCCUACUCUUCCUCUCACAAUCCCCUCCGCCUUCCUCCUCCUUCCCGAGCUAACGAUUUCUCCUAUCUCCGCCUCCUCCGACUUCCUCCUCCUAGCCCUCGCCAUCGACACCCUUCCCUCCCUCCUCCCAAUCCGAGCAGCCUCCCCCUGCCUCCAUCGUCGCCAGUGUCCCGAUGCUCCGUCCUCCCCCCAGGCCCACUCGCACCUCCUCCCGCCCCGCCGCUCCAAGAAGAUGGCGGUGGCAGCAGCGGCGACGGGAGUAAUAACAAGAACACCAACAACAACGACAAAAAUGGGUGGGGUUGGUGGUGGCGGUGGAACCCCUUUGACCCCGAUGGCUCGUGGAGCUCCCCUCCUCCUCCUCCUCCUCCUCCUUCCCCGCUCCUCUUCCUUGGGGACCAGGAGAGGGACGGGGUGGCGGCUGCUACUGCGGUGCUCCUCUUCCUCCUUUCCCUUCUCCCUUAUCCUGCCCUGGCCAGAAGCGAUGGUAUCGGUGCCUCCAUCUGGGAGGUGAGGGGGGGCAUGAGGAGGCGGCUCGUGCCCGAUCCUUCUGGGGACACCUUCAUGGUCGACAAGGGCAGCAGCAGAUAUUGCAAAGGCAGUGACGAUGGCAAUGGCCGCUCCCACUUCCUCCAUCCUGGACUGGAAUCUUGCUGGCGGCACUUUAGGGAUCUCGUCCUGAGGUUGAUGCUCCCGGAGGGAUACCCUGACAGCGUCAGCAGCGAUUACCUCGAGUAUUCCCUCUGGAGAGGGGUCCAGGGCAUCGCCAGUCAAAUCAGCGGCGUACUCUCGACUCAGGCUUUACUUUAUGCAGUUGGAUUGGGGAAAGGUGCAAUUCCAACAGCAGCUGCUGUCAAUUGGGUGCUUAAGGAUGGAAUUGGAUAUCUCAGCAAAAUAUUAUUGUCAAAAUUUGGUCGUCAUUUUGACGUUAACCCUAAGGCAUGGAGACUAUUUGCAGAUCUUUUGGAAAAUGCUGCCUAUGGAAUGGAGAUUCUGACUCCUGCUUUUCCUCAAUUCUUUGUUUUGAUUGGUGCAGCAGCUGGGGCUGGUCGUUCAGCAUCAGCUUUGAUACAGGCUGCUACCAGAAGCUGUUUCUAUGCAGGUUUUGCUGUGCAAAGAAAUUUUGCAGAGGUCAUUGCAAAAGGUGAAGCUCAAGGAAUGGUGAGCAAGUUUCUAGGCAUCAUGCUUGGUAUAGCAUUGGCCAACUACAUCGGCUCUUCCACACCAUUAGCUCUUGCUUCUUUCGGUGCAGUAACAGGAUUUCACAUGUAUUGCAAUUUGAAGUCAUACCAAUCAAUUCAACUAAGGACUCUUAAUCCAUAUCGUGCAAGUUUGGUUUUUAGUGAAUAUCUGUUGAGUGGACAAGUUCCUGGUGUAAAAGAGGUUAAUGAUGAGGAACCACUCUUCCUAGGCUUAUCAAUUGUCAACAGAAGAACACAUAGUGAACAGUCUCAGGUACUGUCUGCGGAUGCCAAAGUUGCAGCAGCUGAGAUUUGUCGCCGGCUGCAGCUGGGGUCUAAACUCAGUGAAGUCAUCAACCGCAAAGAGGAUGCAUUUGCACUUUUUGAUCUGUUCAAAAAUGAAGGUUACCUGCUUACGGUGAAUGGUGGAAGAUUCUCUGUGGUGCUUAAAGAAGGAUCUUCUCUGGGAGAUAUGCUCAAGUCUCUGUUCCAUGUCAGCUAUCUAUACUGGCUGGAGAGAAAUGUAGGCAUUGAACUGGGUAGCGUUGCUGAUGAGUGCAAACCUGGGGGGAGGCUGCAAAUAUCUUUAGACUAUGUGCAGAGGGAAUUUAGCCAUGUCAAACAUGAUGGGCUACAAAGUGGCUGGGUGACUGAUGGGCUGAUAGCACGGCCAUUACCUCACAGGAUACAUCUAGGCUAUGCUGUAUGUGAGUAGACAGCUUUAUGUCUUGUGGAGUCUGCUAUGCCAGGGGAAAAACCAUCUGUUCGAGAUGCCUGCUUAAAAGUGUGCAUGCAUGGGAUUUGGGGAACGAGAGCAACAUAAACAGUUUUGUACUCCCUCCCACGGAGGAAGUGCUGAUACAAGAGUUCCAGUUUGAACUGCAGGAUAUUGAAGCGAAGGUCCUUGACAUCUCCUGGAUCAAUAACUCAUGAGCCGCCAAUUACUCUUUAACAGCACAGUUACUGGAUAGAAUGCGUAAUAGUUCAGAUUGGUAGCAAGCAUCUAUUCUCUGUUUUUUACUAGGGAUUCUUUGGUUAGUUUGAGGUUUUUAAGGCUUUCAAAGGAGUACCAAGAGCGUUGGAAAAUGAUAGCCUUGCAACUUCCCUGCAAAAUAUUGAUUUGAUUGUGAAUGCCUGCUGUGGUCUUUCAAUAUGUUUUUCUUUUGCUCCUUUUCUUUCUUCUUCUGCUUCAUUGCUUUCUUUUGUUAUUCCUGGAAAAGGGGGAGGGCGGAGUUAGCUGGUGUGCCUCCGAUUGUCAGUGGAUGCCGUACAUCAAAGUUAGUAUUUUACAGAUUAACCGUGAAGCCCAUAGAAAGUGGCUACCAAGCCUGAACCAAGUCUUCACAUUCGCAGCAGAGCAAAGCUGGAUUUCGGAGAUUUUGAAGAUUUUGAGAGCUGAGGUCAGUGUCCGCUUUCGUCCCUCCCCAACAGAAAAAGAUAGGUCUAGUGGAAGUGAGAUCUACUUUUUUGUGAGUCUGCCCACGGUCCUUGUGGAGGACAGGAUUAAAAGAAACACGUUUCAGGUAAGAGAGCCAAUCUUUUGUUAGUGUGCUUGUUCAUAUAUAAAAUGAGAGCUCACCAGAUUGUCGUGGCUGUAAGUUGUGCAAACACUGUUCUUAUUGUAAGGAAAUGUUGAUGGCUAA